UUCUCAUUUUUUGCGGGGUCGCGGGCUGAAAUGUCCGAAAAAUCCAAAACCCCGGCGAGACCCACCCCGGGGGCAUGACGCAAUGAUCGGCCUUCUGGUUCCAUGGAGAUUGCGAGCCAUGGCCGUCGUGCUUAGGAUCUCCGUGAACAGGACUUGGAGUCAUCCCAUCCUUCCGAUAUACAAAUACUGGAUAGUGAUCAAGAUGUCAACCCCAUCCGCAACGCAAGCAACAACUCCAAGACACACUCCAUACACUCGAGACCCAAACGCCCGAACAAAUCUCUCUCUCUUUCAUCAUGUGCUGCAGUUCCAGCGAUUCUUGCCGUCUGCGUCGAGAAGCAAGAUUGUUACGAAGAGAGCAGCGACGAGAAGCGAAGCUCGCACGAAAGAUGGCCAGAUACGGCAUGUCACCAAGCAUGACUCCUCCGACAGUCCUAGCUCCUGUGCCCAUCGAGCCAACCCUGAGAUAUCAACUUACGGAGGCAGCACCUCCCUCAUACUCGAGCAUCAAUGGGUCCACUGGAACUCGAGACAUAUCUCCGACUGUUAAGAACAGAGCGGGAGCUCGAGCUCAGCAGUAUGCCGAUUCUGCCAACGGCAGGACCAUCGCCAAUGAGGUUCGUCCCGCCGUUGUGCCAUUCGCCGGGACAGCAUGUGAGAAGGGUUAUCACAAUCCGAAGCAAGUUCACAUCGGUGGUGGGCUGCCCUUUCCCUUCGGACUGUUCCAGUGAGUCUAUCCUCCUAUUCUGGUCAGAUUGAGCACCUCGCUCACUGUGCACCUUUCAGAGCUCCAAGGGACUCGCGAAUCA